ACGGGAAUGGCAGCUUGACAGCGUGUGGCGCAACGAAAACACGCAGUAAAAUUAUGAGCCAUGUACCUGUCUGAGGAAGCCUAGCAUGAUUACGCAAUGCACUGCGGGGGGUAUUAUUUCCUUGCAAUCAGAAGGUUGUCGAUGCGGAAUAUGUACACUCAUCGCCAAAUUACCUGUAUUGUUCGUUGAAUAAACAGGAUCUGCAGUUUUGCUGUCGGAGUACUGAUGGUAUACCAAGCUCACCUGUCGCAUUAGCUGCUACGGAGGCUCCUGCGAUGUACAGCGAGGAAACGAUCAAUAAUUUACUGAAAGAUUUUAGUAGACUGAAAGAUGUUUGCUACUUGGACCAUGUGGGAGCGACACUAUACUCAGAGAGUCAAAUUAAAGCUGUGCAAGAGGAUCUUUUGUCUAAUGUGUAUGGAAAUCCUCAUUCUUUAAGUACAUGCAGCCGCUAUUGUACAGAUGUUGUGGAUCAAGUACGAUUCAGAGUGUUGCAGCAUUACAAUGCCAACCCAGACGAGUACAGUGUAAUAUUCACAUCUGGGGCAACAGCAGCCCUGAAGCUGGUAGCAGAGUCCUUUGUCUGGGGAGAGGAUGGUCAGGCUGGCACUUUCACCUACCUUCAGGACAACCACACGUCCGUACUGGGAAUGAGAGAACUAGCAGCAUCUCGAGGUGCUUCAGUCACGUGCAUCAGCCAGGAGGAAGCUUUUUCUUGCUUUCUGAAAUGUUUCUAAUCAGAUGUCACUGAGGUACCAAGCAGCAACUCCCUUUUUGUGUAUCCAGCGCAGAGCAAUUUCUGCGGCGUGCGCUACCCACUGUCUUGGGUUGAAAGCGUGCACCGUGGCAGUUUGAAUAAGCUUCCUGGUAUCAGGUCAACUGGUUCUUCAAAGUGGUUCUGUUUGCUGGAUGCUGCAGCAAUGCCAUCACUGGAUCUGUCGCACGUGGCACCGGACUUUGUUUCUGUGUCAUUUUACAAGAUGUUCGGUUACCCUACUGGUCUCGGUGCUCUGCUUGUACGCAAUUCCAGUUCUGAUGUCCUCAGAAGGGAUUACUUUGGAGGAGGGACUGUUCAGAUUGCAUUAUCGAGUGAGAGAUUUCACGUGCCUCGAGAAGAGAUCAGUGAGCGGUUUGAAGACGGUACUCUGCCAUUCCUGUCAAUCGUAGCAGUGCGUCACGGCCUGGAAGCGGCGGAGCGCCUCGUCCCGGGAGGCUGCGGAGGCGCCUCGGCGGCACGCCAUUCGCUCUCGUUGGCCCGUCGGGUGUUUUACCACCUCUUGCGCCUGCACCAUGCAAAUGGAGCACCGGUGGCCGUCUUGUACGGAGACACAGACUACAGCAGUGUCGAGACCCAGGGAGCGGUCGUCAACUUUAAUCUGCUGCGGCCUACGGGGGAAUUCGUCGGUUUUGUCGAGGUACUUAACAUGGCAAAUCUGCACAACAUUCAGCUAAGGACAGGAUGCUUUUGCAAUCCAGGGGCAUGUCAGGUGCAUCUCAAGCUCUCUUCAGAUGAUGUCAGAAAACAUUUCCAGGCAGGCCAUGUAUGUGGUGAUGAAAGAGACCUUAUAGACAGUCAGCCAACCGGAUCCGUUCGCAUAUCCUUCGGCUACAUGUCAACCGAGCACGACGUUGACAGGUUUCUGGAGAUGGUGGAGUCAGCUUUCGUAAGAGGCCCGGCGAUUUUCGAGACUCCGAAAUGGUGGUCAGAGUUUGUUACAUUGUACAGGCAAAAAUUCCGGGUUGAUUCCAGUUGUGUACCCGACAGUUUCGACUUCACAGUGCCGAAUUCUACAGAACCUUUGUCACGUAGCUUAAUUAGCGCUCGGGAAGCGGGGAAGGUGGAAAAGUACAGUUUCACAAGUUAUGUUACUAGACGUGAAAAACACAAAGUAGUAUCUAGUCACUUCCGGGAUGAGGGAAAUGGUGGUGCAGGUGAAGAAUUUAACGUGGUUAAUGGGAGCAGUUGGUGCACAGAUCUUCCAGAGCAUGAACGUGAGAAAUGCUCAGGUGAAAUGAACUGUGAAGUCAAAAAACUGAAGUCACUUCCUCUUCUUAGUGAUGAGGAACCUCGAGUACUUCCGGACUCUUUCAGUGACGUGCAAGAUUUUGCCGACAGGCUUGACAGUCCGAGAGGGAUAUGUGAUGUGGAGGAUCCUAAACAGGAAAUUGUGUUGUGUCCAGUAACUUGUAAACAUCUCUCUCCUUUGCCCACCACUGAAAACCUCACACGGUCUUGCAGUCAUACAAACAAUAACGCUUCUGAAGAAGAAGCAAAUGGAGACAGCGUUAUUUUUCAGCAGAAACUAGUAGCUUCCUCUUUCCGACCUCCGAGGAACAAAGUGUUCAGAGUUGCCAGCAAUUUUGACGCUAAUAAUGAAGCUGAAGAGAACUGUUGUAAUCUGACUGUGCAGCCAGAAAAACCACUACAGACUGUGAAUGGGAAAUCUGAAACAGUCACAACACUGAGGCACAUCUUCGUGUACCCAGUGAAGUCGUGCGGCGCCAUGGCCGUCCCGACGUGGGAGGUGAGUGCGCGCGGCCUGGCCUACGACCGGCAGUGGAUGGUGGUGACGUCUGCGGGGGUGGCCCUCACGCAGAAGACGGAGUCCCGGCUGUGCCUCAUCGUGCCUCACGUCGAUGUCGACAGGAGGAUCCUGCAGCUCCACUUUCCAGGAAUGGAGCGUCUCGACGUCAGCAUCGGAGACACCGACGCGAGUCGCGCGCCGCGCCGAGUGUCGGUCUGCCAGAGCAAAGUGUGCGGCGACCGCGUGCGGGCCGAGGACUGCGGCGACGGGGUGGCCGACUGGCUGCAGGAGGCUCUGGGACGGCCCGGCCUGCGGCUGGUCAGGCAGAGCGCUGACGACGGGCGCCACGGGAAGGGCCGCGCAGAUACAUCUGAACUGUCACUGUCAAAUCAAGCACAGUACCUGAUGAUUAACCUGGCCAGUAUUAACUGGUUUGCAGACAUCCUACAGGAGAGAGCAGCAUUCCCAAAGGAAGGUCUAUUGGAAAGAUUUCGCAGCAACUUGGUUGUAGAGAGUACAGAUGCAUUUGAGGAAAAUGAGUGGAAAACUUUGCGUAUAGGAUCUGUGGAUUUUAAGGUGGACGGGCCCUGCACACGCUGCCAGGUGAUAUGCAUCGACCAGGCGACAGGCGAGAAGACGAGGGAGCCGCUGAGGACUCUGUCCGAGGUGUUCUGUGGCAAGAUGAGAUUCGGUGUAUACCUCAGCCAGCUCCACCACGACAGUGCGAGCACUGUGAUCUCUGUCGGUGACAGAGUCAUCGUUCCUGUACCCUAGCCUCUCCAGUAUUACUGUGGGACUAGCACAAUGGCGAGCAGCUACUGGCGUACUAGUGCUUCGCGUA